AUGACUUUAGGGGCCGAGGCUGCAGAAGGACAGCACGAUAGUCAUGCAACAGCACCGAAGCAGGUGGAUGACAAGAAGAAGUUGUCUAAUAAGGAAUUGAAAGAACUGAAAAAGCGUGAAAAGGCUGCAAAGCGUUCGGCUAAAAAACAAGAGGGUGGUAUGAGUAUAGAACAACAGCAACAACAAGCCCAAAUGAAACGCGAAAAAAAGGAAGUGCAGCGUGAACAGCAAUUGCAACAGCAGAGAGAUCAACAGAAAAAACGAGAGAAAAAAGCCAUGCAAAGCAAACCUUCCUUGAAAAAGAGUACACUGUUUGGUCAUUUGGAGACAGCUGCAGAAAGAAGGGCCACAUUACUUGCAAUAACGAGUGCAAUCACUACACCAAAAGCUUCCAGAAUAACUGCUUCAGGAUUGAUGGUGCCAACUAUAGCCACUGCAGUGCCAGGUGCAACGGCUACAACCUCUGCGUUAUCCGCCCCCAAUUCAUCUACUUCAUCUACCUCAUCGACACAUGGUGGCUCUUCACCAGGAACUCUUGGCAUGGGACUAACAGCAACCAAUAAUAGCCAGCAGGAAGGUACGAAUGAUCUUGCAAAGACUUUUGCAACCAUGACACUUGAUUCAGACGAAUUCUCUUUAGUGUCAGGGAUUUCCUCUGUCAUUCCUCAUGCCAUCGAACAAUCAUUUGACUCCCCUCAGAUGGUAUCUUCAGUCAAAGAGCUUCUCAUGAAUAAAAACUUGAUACAUCCUGCAGUAACUCUCCUGACCUCCCAAAUAUCCAAUUAUAAGAUUGUAGGUUCAACCCCCCGUUGCAUAGCAAUGCUAGAGGCAUUUCAAAUAGUUAUAAAGGACUAUCAGACACCUCCAGGUACCACACUUUCCCGUAAUUUGACAAACUACCUGUCUCACCAAAUCGAUAUAUUGAAAAAGGCGAGACCCUUGAAUGUCACGAUGGGUAAUGCUAUCAGGUGGCUCAAACAGGAGAUUUCUUUAAUUGAUCCAUCAAUGGCUGAUAAAAAAGCGAAGCAGGAAUUAUGCGAGAAGAUUGCUCAAUUUGCCCGUGAAAAAAUUGAGUUAGCUGAUCAACUGAUAAUAGGAACUGCUUCACAUCACAUAGAAAAUGGUACAACAAUCGUAGCUUACGGUUCGUCCAAAGUACUAACGGAUCUAUUCAUUUACAAUUCUGUCGAUUUAAAAAAGAACUUUAAAGUGAUAGUUGUGGAUUCACGACCUCUAUUCGAGGGUAAAAAAAUGGCUGAGGCUUUAAGAAGUCAUGGUGUUAAUGUUAUGUAUGGUCUUAUUACUGGGCUGGACGACAUAUUUAAUAUGGACGUUGAUUAUGUCUAUUUAGGUGCGCAUUCUAUUUUGUCAAAUGGGUUCUUGUAUUCGAGAGUUGGUACUGCAAUGGUUGCUAUGACGGCAAAGAGACGUAAUAUUCCUGUAUUGGUUUGCUGUGAAAGUCUGAAAUUUUCCCAAAGAGUUCAACUAGACAGUGUUACGUUCAACGAAUUAGCUGAUCCUGAUGAUUUAAUAUACAUAGACUCGAAAAAGUCCGUGAACCUCCACAGUGCCAGCAGCACACUUCUCCACCAAUUUUUGAAAGAGCGUGAGGAGCAGAAAAAGAAAACCAUUCAGGAAAAUAAAUCAAAUACGAAGAGCAACAAUUCAUCCUCCACUUCAAUUUCAAAACCAAAUACCAUUUCAGAGCCUUCAGGUAAAACGGUAUCAAAUAUUCUGGACGGUUGGCAAGAUAUUCCAAGUCUUAACAUAGUAAAUGUCUUAUAUGAUCUAACUCCACCUGAGUAUAUCAAAAAGAUUAUAACUGAAUUUGGAGCGCUACCACCAUCUUCCGUUCCGGUAAUCUUACGAGAAUAUAAGAGCUCUGCAUAA